AUGUUAAGGAACAAGCGCCGCAAAACCCCGCCCCUCGCUCCUUCUUCUUCCUCCGCCUGCGGCGGUGGCGGCAGCAGCGUCUCAGACGUCGCCGAGCCCAAUGGGGCGACGUCGGAGAUCGAAGAGAUCGAGCCCUUCCCGCGCUUCGACAUUGUCGCAGACGACUCGGACCACUUCUACCGCAACUCCAGCCAGACCAUCCCGGCCUCGACCCAGAAGAGGAUCAUGCACGAGUGGAAGCUCCUGGAGCAGCACCUGCCGGAGUCAAUCACCGUGCGGGCCUACGAGAAGAAGGUUGGCCUCCUGCGGGCCGCCAUCGUGGGCGCCGCCGCCACGCCCUACCACGACGGCCUCUACUUCUUCGACAUAUUUUUCCCUCCCAAUUACCCGGCGAAGCCGCCUCAGGUCCACUACCUGUCGUUUGGGUACCGGAUCAACCCGAACCUCUACACGAACGGCACCGUCUGCUUGAGCUUGCUCAAUACGUGGAGCGGUAGCUUUCUCGAGAGAUGGAACCCGAAGGAGUCGACCAUCCUGCAGGUGCUGCUGUCGAUCCAAGCCCUCGUGCUCAACGAGCGACCCUUCUUCAACGAGCCCGCCUACGGCAUCUUCAUGUCCGGAACUUCCGCCGAGAAGUAUUCCUUCGCCUACAACGAGGACGCCUUCGUCCUCUCGUGCAAGUCCAUGCUGCACCUGCUCGCCAAGCCCCCGAGAGGGUUCGAGUUUUUUGUCGCGUGGCACUUCCGGGACCGGGCCCGCACCAUACUCCGUGCCUGCGAGGCUUACGCCAGUGGGCGAGUCCGGGUUGGGUACUUCCAGGAUGGGGCUCCCCCGGAGGGUCCGUCGUCUAAGGUGGCGGUGCCGCAAAAGUUCAAAGAGUCCAUGAAGAGCUUGUAUCCGCAGCUAUUCAAAGCGUUCAGCAAAGAAGGAGCUUCGUUAGCUGGUUUGCGUGAAGAGCAGAGUUCGGGCCAGAAGGGCGGUGACCCGCUUCCGGUGCCAGAAAAGAAGGGUCUAGCGGACCAGAAGGGCGGCAACCUGCCUCCGGUGCCGGGAAAGAAGGGUCUAGCGGACCAGAAGGGUGGCAACCCGCUUCCGGUGCCGGGAAAGAAGGGUCUAGCGGACCAGAAGGGCGGUGACCUGCCUCCGGCCCUGGGAAUGAAUAGUUUAGUGGACCGGAAGGGCGGCAACCUGCCUCCGGUGCCGGGAAAGAAGGGUUUAGUGGUGAGUGUCCUCGGAACGGUUAAGAAGUUCUUGGGAUUGAAAUAG